ACCUUGAACGAGUUAAUGAACUUCUCCACGCCUCAACGUCCCGCUCUGUGAAAUGGAAUAUCUAACGCAGACCGUACGGCGCAGGCGCAGCUGUGUUUCGCAAACUUCCGGGCGCCGGGUGGAGCCUCUCACGGUCCCCACUUGUGAUAGAUCGUACGAGAUGUUAAACAGUUGGGGGUCCUUCUGAGGCCACCCUAGGGGGCUGUCAUCCUUUGCGAGUGGGUAGCUCCCAACUAUGUCGCAAGAGGCGGAAUUCGGGAGGCCAGGAUCCUCGCGCCCGGGACGUGGGGGCGGGGAAGAUGUGCCGGGACGUGGGAUAAACCCCAAUUCCUCCGCCCCACCCAAAGCCUGGAAAUCCAGCCUCCGAGCCUCCUCCCCGCGGGCCCCGCCCUCGAUCCCGCCCUCCUCUAACCCGCGCCGCCAUUGGUGGCGCCCGGCGGCGCGGCCACUGUUAUUUUUCGAAUAUAUAAGGAGGUGGAGGUGGCAGCUGCAACUAGAGACUUUCUAGACUGGAGCUUGGACCCCGCGUCCCCUCACCCCUCCCCACCCUCCCCGCAUCCCUCUCCCUCGCUCCCGGCCCCGCUGCUCUUCCUCCCUCCCUCCCUUCCCCCCCACCCCGGCCCGCUCCCUCCCUCGUCCCAGCCAGCUGUGCCCGGCGUCUGUUGGCGGCCCUGCGCCUGGCCCUCCAGGCAGCCUCCUGCCGGCCCCGCCGCGAUGGAGGUGCCCCAGCCGGAGCCCGCCCCGGGCUCGGCUCUCAGUCCGGCCGGCGUGCGCUCUGGCGCCCAACGUCCGGGCCACCUCCCGGGCCUCCUGCUGGAAUCUCAUGGCCCCCUGGGGUCCCCGAAGCGCGCGGCCGCUUCCUCGCCGGUCACUACCCUCACCCAGACCAUGCACGACCUCGCGGGGCUCGGCAGCGAGACCCCAAAAAGUCAGGCAGGGAGCCUGCUCUUCCACAGCCGGCUGACAUGCCUAUCGCUCUCUCGACGGGCAUCUGAAUCUUCCCUGUCAUCCGAGUCCUCUGAAUCUUCUGAUGCAGGUCUCUGCAUGGAUUCCUCCAGCCCUAUGAACCCCCAGAUGGCAGAGCAGGCGUUUGAACAGGCCAUCCAGGCAACCAGCCGGGUCAUUCGGAAUGAGCAGUUUGCCAUCCGCCGCUUCCAGUCCAUGCCGGUGAGGCUGCUGGGCCACAGCCCUGUGCUGCGGAACAUCACCAACUCCCAAGCGCCAGACGGCCGGAGGAAGAGCACGGCGGGCGGCAGAGCUGCCAGCAGCUCUGGGGAAGACAAGGAGAACGAUGGAGUUGUCUUCAAGAUGCCAUGGAAGCCCACCCAUCCCGGCUCUGCCCGUGCUCUGGCAGAGUGGGCCAGCCGCAGGGAAGCUUUCGCCCAGAGGCCAAGCUCGGCCCCCGACCUGAUGUGUCUCAACCCUGAGCGGAAGAUGGAAGUAGAAGAGCUGAGUCCCCUGGCCCCACGCUGCCUCUCCCUGACCCCUGCUGAGGGGGAUGCUGAGGAAGAUGAUGGAUUUGUGGACAUCCUAGAGAGUGACUUGAAGGACGACGAUGCGGUCCCCCCAGGCAUGGAGAGCCUCAUUAGCGCCCCACUGGUCAAGACCUUGGAAAAGGAAGAGGAGCAGGACCUUGUCAUGUACAGCAAGUGCCAGCGGCUCUUCCGCUCGCCGUCCAUGCCCUGCAGUGUGAUCCGGCCCAUCCUCAAGAGGCUGGAACGGCCCCAGGACAGGGACAUACCUGUUCAGAACAAGCGGAGGAGGAGCGUGACCCCUCCAGAGGAGCAGCAGGAGCCUGAGGAACCUAAAGCCCGUGUCCUCCGCUCAAAGUCCCUGUGUCAUGAUGAGAUCGAGAACAUCUUGGACAGUGACCACCGUGAGCUGAUUGGAGAUUACUCCAAGGCCUUCCUCCUACAGACUGUGGAUGGAAAACACCAGGACCUCAAGUACAUCUCACCAGAAACAAUGGUGGCCCUGUUGAUGGGCAAGUUCAGCAACAUCGUGGAGAAGUUCCUGAUUGUGGACUGCAGAUACCCCUAUGAGUAUGAAGGCGGGCACAUCAAGACUGCCGUGAACUUGCCCCUGGAACGCGAUGCCGAGGCCUUCCUGCUGCAGAGCCCCAUCAUGCCCUGCAGCCUGGACAAGAGAAUCAUCCUCAUUUUCCACUGUGAAUUCUCAUCCGAGCGUGGGCCCCGCAUGUGCCGCUUCAUCAGGGAACGAGACCGUGCUGCCAACGACUACCCCAGUCUCUACUAUCCCGAGAUGUAUGUCCUCAAAGGCGGCUACAAGGAGUUCUUCCCGCAGCACCCGAGCUUCUGUGAGCCCCAGGACUACCGGCCCAUGAACCAUGAGGCCUUCAAGGAGGAGCUGAAGACCUUCCGCCUCAAGACGCGCAGCUGGGCUGGGGAGCGGAGCCGGCGGGAGCUCUGCAGCUGGCUGCAGGACCAGUGAGGGCCACGGCAGUCCUGUCACCUCCCUUGCCUUGUGAGGCCUGGCACUAGCUGCUCUGUGGAUCUGCAGGGCCGAGGCCCUGUUGGAGGCCCAGGUGCUAUCCAGGGGACAGACAGCGUGGGUGUCCCACCAGUCUGCCCCACCCCCAAUUCCCCUGUCUCACCCCAGUCAUGUUCCAUAUCUUGGUGGCACCCACCCCCACUCCGGACGAGCCCGCCUGUUAAGUUGGGUUAACACCAGCUUAAGGCAGUAUUUUGUGUCCAGCAGGAGCCUUUUUGCUUCCUUGUUUGGGCCAACCCUUUGUUUCCCUGUGUCCAGAAGAGCCCCUUUGUGUAUAUGUCAGCUGAGGCUGGGGGACAGCCACCACCCAUGAGGAUGGUUCAGAGCUGGUUUCCUCCCUGGCCUGGGAGUCGGCACCGUGCCCUGGCUUCUCACCUGGCUAGGGCUGUCCUCCACCCUCUGCAGGAGUCAUGGGUGUGUCUGUCAUUCUGCCCCUUUCUCUCUUCCUCUUUCCUGUCCCUCCAUACAAGCACUGCCUGCAUAAAUGUAAGCUCUUACUCUGUCGUGUUUCAGUGUUACCUGCAUGCUUGAUUUGUUUGUCUUUUUGCCCAUCUCAGGACACUUUCAUAGGCUGUUUAGGCUCCACCUGUCAAACAUUAAUUACCCACCUGGUCCCAGUUUUCUUGGCCCAGAACGGGAUGUUAUUAUCCUCGGGGGCUCCCAGGGCACGGGCUAAGGCCUGAGUCUUAAGCCUGCUGGAAGCCCAGCCCCCAUUGCUGUGAACCCUGGGGCCUGACUCGUCAAAACUUGCUGCUGCUUUGUUGCGGAUGGACAGAAGGAUGGAUGGAUGGAUGGAUGGAUGGAUGGAUGGAAGGAUGGAUGGAUGGCCAUGGAUGCACAGUGCCUUACACACAGAAACCAGGUGGAAACAUUUUGGUGAGCAUGACAGCCUGCAGCAGGAAUAUAUGUGUGUUUGUCUGCAUGGACAAAAAUCUUAACACUUAGGGUUGGGAAAUAUUCAAGAGGAAAUGUUGUAGAAGCAGCUAAAUUAAGGACUGAGCAACCUCUGGAUUCUAAAUCUCCAGAUGGGGCAAGGGCUGUGCUUGAAGGCCCUGAUGAGUCAUCUGUUGGGGCCUUGGUUCAAUAAAGCACUGAGCAAGUUGAGUAA